AUGGUACGCUCGGAAUUCUUGACAAAUCUAACAGAAAAAGUGCGAAAUAGUCCAAAUAAUAAAAAAGCAUAUUAUUCUUUGAAAAGAUUUGGGAUUCAACUUAUUCAACGAAAGACUAUUACACAAUUACAAACUGAAGCUGAAGGUACUAAUGAAUUGAAGCGUACAUUAAAUUCAUGUCAACUAUUGGCAUUGGGUAUUGGUAGUAUUAUCGGUACGGGUAUAUUUGUAUUGAGUGGCGAAGCAGCCGCUAAAUAUGCUGGUCCUGCUAUUAUUGUUUCAUUUAUUAUUGCUGCAAUCGUUGCUGGACUUGCAGCUUUUUCAUAUUCUGAAAUGGCUUCAAUGGUACCGAUAUCAGGUUCAGCUUAUUCAUAUACUUAUGCUACUAUGGGUGCAUGGAUUAUUGGAUGGGAUUUAAUUCUCGAAUAUUUAUUAGCCGCUGCUACAGUAGCUGUAGGUUGGAGUGGUUAUGUUGUUCAUUUUAUUGAAACUGUAUCAAAACACAAUGCAACAAAAUUAAUUGUUCAAGCACCAGUUGCUUGGAGCGACGAAUCAAACUCUUUUUAUCGUACAGGAAACGCAAUUAAUCUACCGGCAGUAAUGAUUAUUGUUGCACUCACAAUAUUACUCAUUAUUGGAAUUGGUGAAUCAGCAAAAGUCAACACUGUGAUUGUUAUAAUUAAAAUUCUUGUUGUUUUAUUAUUCAUCUUUGCGUGUUGUGGUUAUACUAAGCGCAGUAACUAUUCACCUUUCUUUCCUCCCAAUGAAGGUAGCUUUAAUAAAUAUGGAGUGACUGGCAUGUUACAUGGUGCGACCGUUGUAUUUUUUGCUUAUAUUGGCUUCGAUUCGGUUACAACAACAGCACAAGAAACGAAAAAUCCACAACGUUCAUUGCCUAUUGGAAUCAUUGGUUCAUUAUUGAUUUCUACAGUACUCUAUAUAGGCGUAUGCGCUGUAAUGGUUGGUAUUGUGCCAUAUCAAACACUUGAUUCACCAAGUCCAAUCUCAGAAGCAAUUAAAGGCACACCACAUGGAAUAUGGCUGCCAAUUAUUAUCGAUUUGGGAGCUAUUGCUGGUUUGACAAGUGUAUCUCUUGUUAGUCUUCUCGGACAAUCACGUAUAUUCUAUUCCAUGGCUCAUGAUGGUCUAUUACCAUCGAUAUUUGCUAAAGUUCAUCCUCGUACUAGAACUCCUUGGGUGUCGACAAUUAUUAUUGGUGUAGUCUGUGCAACAUUUGCUGCUGUUUUUCCUUUAGGCAUUCUUGGUGAAAUGACAUCGAUUGGAACUUUAGUAGCCUUUUUUCUUGUGCAUCUUUCGGUCAUUAUUAUGCGUUUUACACAUAAAGAUGUACCACGUGGUUUUCGGGUUCCUUUGGGACCUUGGGUUUUCCCUCCUAUUGGAGCACUCCUCUGUCUAUUACUUAUGGUAACCUCUUCAAAAGAAACCGGUAUUCGACUUGCUGUUUGGAUGGGUAUCGGUCAAAUUAUAUAUUUUGCGUAUGGUUAUUGGCAUUCAAAACUACGCCAUUCACAACAGCAUCAGCUAGUUAUGGGUGUUGAUAAUCUUGCAACAGAAUUAGAUAUACAACCAGUAACAAAUGAAUAUGUAUCAGAAAUGACUGUUUUCGAUGAAAAAAAAAUGUAA